UUGUCAUGAUUGCAUUCUAAAUCACUGUGUAUUCCGAACUCCUAUGUAGCAGCACAAUUACUAACACUAACACAUCUGGAUUCUCUCUCUCUCUCCCCCGUCCUUGUUUGGGUUCCUACUUCGUCAGCGGAUUUCAUCUCUACUUCUUCUUCUCUGAAAUAUACCGGCUUUACGUGCCUCCCCUCCAAUUUUUAUAACAUAUGAAAGAUUCUGACUUAGCUAGGGUUCUAUUUGGUGAGGGUUUGGAGUGUAGGAGCAAUCUACCGAAGGAUCUCUAACUGAGAACAAGUCGAUCAAACUUUAUAGUUUAUAUCAAGCAGUUUAUGGAUCUGCCUUCCAAUAGCAUGCAUCUUGUGUGAGGUGGAGUAUUAAAAGCACAAGGGAUGGACGAAUCUCCUUCUCUCAACAGCCCAAAAAGAAUUAAGAGUCUAUCAAAGGAGAGGGCAACGGUUUCCUUUUCAGAUCAUGAUGACAAGGCCUCUGGAUUUUCUGUAUCUGAAGAACAUGGUGCAAAGCCUUCUGAAGUUUAUGGCUUUGUGGUCUCCAUUUCAACCGUCAUCAUCACUGGGCUCUUGACUCUUCUUCCAAUGACAUGUACAUAUAUUAUUUCCUUCAUGCUAUAUAUCAAAUGUGCUACAUCAAGGGGUUGUUGGUUGCACACCAUUAUCAUUUUCUUCAUAUGGGCAUAUCUUCCUGAGCCUUGGCUCCAUUAUGUAGGAAUCACAUACUAUCCUAGCAGGUAUUGGGCGUUGGCUGUGCCAGCUUAUGCUUUGGUGACAGUACUAUUAGCCAUGGCAUUUUACUUUGGUUUGAAUUUCAUGGCCACACCUCCUUCAACUUCUCUGAACAUUAUGUUUGAUGAAUACAGUAGAGAGCCUUCAAGCUUUGUGCCUAUGGAAGGGGACGAACAGCCAAUCGAGCCUAUAUCUGAUAUUGGCAUCAACAAAAUAAAUGAUCUAAUGUUUGGUUCUGCAAAUUGACCAGUCGUUUUGUCAUGUGAAGUUUUGUUAGUCUUUGGCAAUGUCUUUUUUGAAAGAUCUUUUGGAAGAUUUGACAGCCAAAAGACGUAGUGGGUUUUUAUAGAAAGAUCUUGACAGCCCAUAGACUGUUUGGUUAGAGUCUUUUGAUGGCUAGAUGAGAAAAGACGAAAAUGCAGACUGUCUUACAAUAUUCUUUCCUGAGAAUGUGCUUCCUGCAUAGAAAUAUUGGCACCCAAAUGGGGGUUAUAAUUUAAGGUUUGGGCUUUCUGAGUUU